GUCACACUUUCGCGCAGGAAGUCCCUGUGUCGGACGGGGCGUGGGGGGGUGAACUCCGUUAUCUUUCCUCCACUGUUUUCUCUUCUCAACUUCACCAGGAACCCAAGUGGCUGCUGUUGCAAUUAAAGAACCACGCCUGUUGCUCUCCAAUUUCCCUGCAGCGCUGUACUUAGAUCAUCCUUCCCUGGAGCUAAAAGAGCAGUCUCAAGAGCUGCUCGUCCACAACACUUGAUAUUCACCAGAGGGAAGUUUUUUCCUCUCUAUUAUUUUAAUAUCGCUAGGAGCGUUACAGUUGGACCCUCCGGGGCUGAUUCUGACCACUGCUGUCGGGGUCUGGGAGGCAAUCGGUUACCGAGAGCACGCACUAUACAAGCAAUGGAGUACCUCAAGUUUUGUUUUGUGUUUUCAUGUUGCCUGAAGUUUGCAAAUUCUCUCUCCUCUACUGAAACACCUCAAACUCCUGCGCCUAUUCCUAAAGAAAAAUUGCUGGUCCUGACUGUUGCAACAGAAGAAACAGAUGGCUUCCACCGCUUCAUGCAGUCUGCAAGCUUUUUCAACUACACUGUGAAGGUGUUGGGAAUGGGAGAAACGUGGAAGGGAGGUGAGGUGGGUCGUUCAAUCGGUGGAGGGCAAAAAGUCAGACUACUGAGGGAGGCCAUGAAGGCUCUCGCUGACGAGGAGGAUCUUGUUGUCCUUUCUGUGGACAGCUAUGAUCUUAUCUUUGCCGGAGGGCCAGAAGAGAUUCUCAGGAAGUUCCAGCAAGCCAAUCACAAAGUGAUUUUUGCAGCAGAGGGACUGAUAUGGCCAGAUAAGCGGCUAGCUGACAAAUACCCCUCGAUCCGCAGCGGCAAACGCUACCUCAACUCUGGAGGUAUAAUCGGCUACGCCCCGUACAUAAACAGAGUCGUUUCACAGUGGGACCUCCACGACAAUGAUGAUGACCAGCUCUUCUACACUAAAAUAUACUUGGAUCCUUUACAGCGAGAAACUAUCAACAUGACUUUGGACCACAAGUGCCAGAUUUUCCAAAACCUGAAUGGGGCCGUUGAUGAGGUGAUUCUCAAGUUUGGAACAGGCCGCGUGAGAGUUAGAAACACGGUGUAUGACUCUCUGCCAGUGGUUGUCCAUGGCAACGGAAACACCAAAAUAUACCUGAAUUACUUGGCCAACUAUGUCCCCAAUACAUGGAACUAUGAACACGGCUGUAGCCACUGUGACGACGAUGUUUUGGACUUGUCUCAGUUAAAAGAGUAUCCAAAUGUGCUGGUUGGAGUAUUCAUUGAGCAGCCAACUCCAUUUCUUCCUGAAUUCUUCCAGCGGCUCCUGACUCUGGAUUACCCCAAGGAUAAACUCAAACUUUUUGUCCACAACAACGAGGUUUACCAUGAGAAGCACAUCCAGAAGUUCUGGGAAGAGAACAGGAACGCCUUCAACAGCUUCAAGGUUGUGGGACCAGAAGAAAAUCUGAGUAAAGGAGAGGCCAGGAACAUGGGCAUGGAUCUUUGCCGUAAGGAUGCCAUGUGUGACUACUACUUCAGCUUGGAUUCAGAUGUGAUGCUCACCAACAGACAGACACUGAAGCUCCUCAUUGAGCAGAACAGGAAAAUAAUUGGGCCCCUUGUCACUCGUCAUAGCAAGUUGUGGUCCAACUUCUGGGGAGCCUUGAGCCUGGAUGGUUAUUAUGCUCGCUCUGAAGAUUAUGUCGACAUAGUGCAGAGAAAACGCAUGGGUGUGUGGAACAUUCCUUACAUGGCACAUGUAUACCUUGUGAAAGGCAGUGCCUUGAGGAAUGAACUCAAAGAGAGGAACUACUUUGUUCUGGAGAAACUAGACCCAGAUAUGGCUUUCUGUAGAAAUGCCAGAGAAAUGACCAGUCACAGAGAAAAAGACUCCCCUUCUCCGGAAUCAUUCCAUAUGCUCAGGCCCCCAAAGGGAGUCUUCAUGUACAUAACAAACCGGCACGACUUCGGGAGGCUCAUUUCCACAGCCAAUUAUAACAUUUCUCAUUAUAACAAUGACUUGUGGCAGAUAUUUGAAAACCCUGUGGACUGGAAGGAGAAGUACAUCCACGAAAACUAUACCAGAAUUUUCACUGAGAACUACACAGAAGAGCCUUGUCCAGAUGUGUUCUGGUUCCCAGUAUUAACAGAGAAGGCCUGUGAUGAAAUAGUUGAGGAGAUGGAGCACUACGGAUUCUGGUCUGGAGGCAGACAUGAGGACAAACGGAUCGCUGGUGGUUAUGAGACUGUGCCCACGGAUGACAUUCAUAUGAAGCAAAUCGGCUUCGACAAAGAGUGGCUGCACUUCAUCCGAGAGUUCAUAUCGCCCGUCACAUUAAAGGUUUUCUCUGGCUACUACACCAAGGGUUAUGCUGUAAUGAACUUCGUGGUAAAAUACACACCUGAGAGGCAGGCGUACUUGAGGCCUCAUCAUGACUCCUCCACUUUCACCAUCAACAUUGCCCUCAAUAAUAAAGACAAAGACUUUCAGGGUGGAGGCUGCCGGUUCCACAGGUAUAACUGUUCUAUAGUUUCACCACGAAAAGGCUGGAGCUUCAUGCACCCAGGACGACUGACUCACCUCCACGAAGGCCUGCCCACCACCAACGGCACCCGCUACAUCGCAGUGUCCUUCAUCGACCCUUGAAAUGAUUGACUGUCUGAUCUGAUCAUACUGUAAAUUAGACUUUUGACCUUGCUUUGCUUUUUUUUUUCCAUAAUUUGUUCAGUUUUGUCAUUUUUAACUUGUUGUGUCAUUUCAAAGCAGUUGCUUUAAAAGAAUAAAUGAUUGCAAGAAAGGAUUCUCUGUCAAACAGAGCAUAGAGAGAAAAAGGAAGUGGCAAACAAUUCACAUUUUAGACAAACAAAUUAGAAACAAGUAUAUGCUGGCCAGACACAUGAUUGUGUCACACACACGCACAUACACAUACACACUCACUUAUCAGUUAAACCAUGUGUUUUUAUGUUUAAAACCAACAUCCUGUCAGGAAUUAUUGGUUCUGUAGCUUGUCAUGAUUGAACAUUGUCAUGCCAACAUCAAUAAAAUGCACUGACAGCUUUGCUAGCAGUUAGCUUUAUCAUGCUAGCAUACAGAUGGCUGUUGUGUAUCUAUCUGUAAUUCAGGUAAAAUGUCACUGAAUGCAUUUAUACUGUAAAAACUUUGCCAUUGCUUCAAAAAUGACUACUGGUGGAUCAGCAAUCUAUGUUUCUGCGUCGGAGGUUUAAUGGAACAAUUCAGGUUUUUUGAAGUGGGGUUGCUGGAGGUACCAUCGUGGAUGAGGGCAGGAGCAAAACAUAUUUUAGCCACAUCAAGAUCAGUUAGUGUAAAGUGUACUUUAUUUUACAUCCAUCUGUGCUCUCUUCAAAGCCACUAGACUCCUUUGACAAAAACAGUAGUUUUACCUUGCAGGACAGAGUUGCUCAUCUACCGCUGCCUCGUUAGGCUAGUUUGUUUGUGUUAUUGUGUUACUAUGGUGAUUUUUAAGGUUACUUCAGAUUCACUGAAGUCACAAAAUAACACAAACAAACUUGUCACCUUUGUUAAAGGAGUCUGCCAGCUCUGGAGAGACCAAUAUAACCGCUUCAGUUCGCCGCUGUAAAGGCCUGCCUGACAGCAAAGUAAAGCAGCACAUUUCAACAUUUGGAAAAAUACCUCGUUCAGCCUCACUUCAAAGAACCUGAACUGUAUAUUUGGUGGCGUUCUGCCCUGAAAGAGCUUACAUUCCAUUUGUGAUUUCAAUGAAAUUAAAGUUUGAUAUGGGCCCAGUGAAAAAGAAAUCUAUUGUGGCAAUUUUGCACACCAGCAAAAACAAAACAGCAGAAUUCAGUAUGAAUUCUGCCUGAAUGAAGUUCAAUAUUCUGUUUUACUUGAAAGGAUAUCCUUCCUUUUUUUAUUGGAAAUUGAAAACACUCAUUUGCUUUCCUGAAAACAUUUCUGCAAUAUUUUUCUGAGAUGUGUGAAUGGGUUUUGAAACAAAAAUUAAAGUUGUUUAACUUAUUGUCAAAGUUUAAUAAAAAGUCUUUAUAAAAAACCAAA